GAUGGCGGUCUCCUAGGGUUUUAGCACUCGGCUCCGCUCUCUCGUCCUCCCUCUUCUCCUCGCCUCGAUCAUGGUGAGAAACGAAGGCAUCCGAUUCGUCUCCUCCUCCAUCAAGAUUCCUGCGGCCUCGUCGUGGCCCCCGUCAUUCCGCCCACUCCUCCACUCCUCUCUUUUCGCGCGUCACACCCUCUCCUUCCACCUCGACCGGGCCAAAGAGGCGAUCCACAGAUUCCUCACCUCGCUUCCGAAUAAAUGGCCGCACCCUCCGUUGCUGUGCUUGUCGUCGCUCGCCAUGGCACGGCCGGAGGCGGAGCCGAACCCCCGGCGGCACGGGAGGGAGGACGAGGAGCGGGUGCUCAUCAGCGAGGUUCUGAUACGGAACAAGGAUGGGGAGAUGCUGGAGAAGGCCGAUCUGGAGGCGGCCGCCGCAGGAGCGCUCAAGUCCUGCCGGCCCAAUUCGGCGCUCACGGUGCGAGAGGUGCAGGAAGACGUCCACAGGGUCAUCCAAACCGGGUUGUUUUCCUUGUGCAUGCCUGUUGCCUUCGACACCAGGGACGGUAUCCGGCUGGUCUUUCAGGUAGAACCCAAUCAGGAAUUCCGAGGAUUGAUUUGUGAGGGUGCAAAUGUCCUCCCUUCAAAGAUUUUGGAAGAUGCUUUUCGUGAUGGAUAUGGACAAAUUGUAAACAUAAGGCAUUUAGAUCAAGUGAUCAAUUCCAUUAAUGGGUGGUAUCAAGAACGUGGGCUAACUGGAUUGGUAUCAUAUGCUGAGAUCCUUUCAGGAGGGAUAAUUAGGUUAGAAAUUUCGGAAGCUGAGGUCAAUAACAUCACCAUUCGUUUUCUUGAUAGAAAGACAGGUGAACCAACUGAAGGGAAAACAAAACAGGAAACUAUACUUCAACAGCUCAUAACAAAAAAAGGGCAGGUAUACAGUAGGUUACAGGGAAAAAGAGAUGUUGAGACGAUAUUAACAAUGGGAAUAAUGGAAGAUGUUACAAUUAUUCCACAGCCUACUGCAAAUCCACGGAAGGUUGAUUUAGUUAUGAAUCUUGUAGAACGUCCUAGUGGUGGUUUCUCUGCAGGUGGUGGAAUUUCAAGUGGGAUAACAAGUGGACCCCUUUCAGGACUGAUCGGCAGCUUUGCUUAUUCUCAUAGAAAUCUAUUUGGGAGGAACCAAAAGCUCAAUCUUUCACUAGAAAGGGGGCAAAUCGACUCGAUAUUUCGCAUAAAUUAUACUGAUCCGUGGAUAAAUGCAGACAAUAAAAGAACAUCCAGGACAAUCAUGGUUCAGAAUUCUCGGACUCCUGGAACACUAGUACAUGGAAAUAAUCAAUCUGAUCAUGGUGGCCUAACCAUUGGACGAGUUACUGCUGGAAUUGAAUACAGUCGACCUUUUAGACCAAAGUGGAGUGGUACCGUUGGUCUUAUUUAUCAGCGUGCUGGUGCUCGUGAUGAUAAAGGUGAACCCAUUAUAAAAGACUUCUACAGCAACCCAUUAACUGCUAGUGGCAAUGCUUAUGAUGAAAUGCUGAUUGCAAAGUUGGAAAGUGUCUAUACAGAUUCUGGUGAUCGUAGCUCCUCAAUGUUUGUGCUCAACAUGGAACAAGGACUUCCCUUCCUUCCCGAGUGGCUGUAUUUCAACAGGGUCAGUGCUCGUGCUAGACAAGGCUAUGAACUUGGGCCUGCACGCCUUUUGCUUAGUGUUUCUGGAGGCCAUGUGUUUGGCAAGUUUUCUCCUCAUGAAGCAUUUGCUAUUGGUGGGACAAACAGCGUAAGAGGUUAUGAAGAAGGUGCAGUAGGUUCUGGCCGUUCAUAUGCUGUUGGCAGUGGAGAAAUCUCCUUUGGCAUGUAUGGGCCACUGGAAGGUGUGCUGUUUGGAGACUAUGGAAGUGAUCUUGGUUCAGGUCCUACGGUGCCUGGUGAUCCGGCUGGGGCACGGGGGAAGCCAGGCAGUGGUUUCGGUUAUGGGAUUGGUAUUCGUGUGGAUUCACCGUUGGGGCCUCUCCGCCUGGAGUAUGCAUUUAAUGAUAAAAAUGCAAGGAGGUUCCACUUUGGAGUAGGAUAUCGCAACUAGAUGAUGCCCUUGGACUUUCAGCUACUACAGAAUCUCCACUUUGGAGUUGGAUAUCACAAGUAGAUGAUGCCCUUGGACUUUCAGCUACUACGGAAUCUCCACUUUGGCAUUGGAUGUGGCAAUUAGAUGAUGCCCUCGGACUUUCAGCUACUACGGAAUCUUUCAUAUUGUAUGUAUAAUCUUUCUGACGCAUGCAGCUGCAGUUUUGAUAAUCUAGUGUAUGUGGACAACAUCAACCGUGUAGAUCUCAAGGUAUGCAACUAUGAACUAUUUUUGUCUUCAGUCGAAACAGAAGUUUGCUACAUAGUGGAGAGAGCCAGUUAUCUUUCUUGGCUUGCAAUCUUGACUUA